AUGAACUGGGGGAUCUUCGAGGGAAUCCUGAGCGGGGUCAACAAGUACUCCACAGCCUUUGGGCGCAUCUGGCUGUCCCUGGUCUUCAUCUUCCGCUUGCUGGUCUACCUGGUGACGGCCGAGCGCGUGUGGAGUGAUGACCACAAGGACUUCGACUGCAACACCCGCCAGCCCGGUUGCUCCAACGUCUGCUUCGACCAGUUCUUCCCCGUGUCCCACGUGCGCCUCUGGGCCCUGCAGCUCAUCCUGGUCACCUGCCCCUCGCUGCUCGUGGUCAUGCACGUGGCCUACCGGGAGGCCCGGGAGAAGAAGCACCGGGAGACAGCUGGGGAGGGCGGCGGGCGCCUCUACCUGAACCCCGGCAAGAAGCGGGGCGGGCUGUGGUGGACCUACGUCUGCAGCCUGGUGUUCAAGGCCGGCGUGGACGCCGCCUUCCUCUACGUGUUCCACUCCUUCUACCCCAAAUACACCCUCCCUCCCGUGGUCAAGUGCCACGCGGCCCCCUGUCCCAACACAGUGGACUGCUUCAUCUCCAAGCCCUCGGAGAAGAACAUCUUCACUUUCUUCAUGGUGGCCACGGCCGUCGUCUGCAUCCUGCUCAAUCUCGUGGAGCUGGCCUACCUGGUGAACAAGAGGUGUCGUGAGUGCCUGGCAGCGCGCAGAGCAAGGGCCACACACAAGGGUCAUCACCCGGACUGUGUCACCUCGAAAGACCUCCUCUCGGACGACCUCAUCUAUCUGGGCUCAGACCCUCACCCCCCUCUCUUGCCAGACCACCCCCAAGACUACGCAAAGAAAACCAUCCUGUAA